GUCGGACCGCUUAGGGAAGGUAGAGGAGGACGAGGGGAAGGGAGUUCGCGAUGGCUUCAGUUCGGUUGGCUCGCGGACUGUGGCGGGGUUGCAGCAAACGGUUUAUUUCCAUUGCAUCUACUCCUCAACUUUCAACAGCAGAAAUUGCUCAAAGGCGCAAUGAUCUAUUCACAAAAGAGAAAGAAAGACAAUUGUCUCUUAAUCCACGGAUUGAGAAAAUUGAAGUAAAACAUGUGGGUAAAUCACAUCCUGGCACCUUAUUUAUAAUGAACAAAGGACUUUCCACUCCAUACAGUUGUGCUAUGCAUUUAAGUGAAUGGUAUACUAAGAGAUCUGUGCUUGCCCUUGUAGAUGGGCAGCACUGGGAUAUGUACAGACCUUUGACUCAUUCUUGUGAAAUUCAGUUUCUUACUUUCAAAGAUGAAGAUGCAGAAGAAGUGAACAAAGCUUAUUGGCGUUCUUGUGCCAUGAUUCUGGGCUGUAUUUUAGAACAAGCAUUUAAAGAUGAAUAUUCAAUUACUCUUGUUAAAGCUCCAGAAGUACCAGUGACAUCUGGAGCAUUUUGCUAUGAUGUAAUCUUGGAUAGCAAACUUGAUGCAUGGACACCAACUGAGGAAAAUCUCCGUUCUCUUUCAAAAGAUGCUUUCAGAUUAAUUCAGAAAGAUUUGCUGUUUGAAGUGCUGGAUGUCGAUGCAAAAGUGGCACUUGAAAUAUUUGAGUAUAACAAGUACAAACAGGAUAUGGUUGAAGAAAGAGCUCAAAAUUCCAAAGGAGUGGUAACAGUGCAUAGAUUUGGUGAUUUUGUAGACAUUAGUGAAGGACCUCAUAUUUCAAGAACUAGCUUGUGUGAUCAGUAUGAAGUAACAGCAGCUCAUAAUCUUCAAAGCAGCCAGUCUGAAUUAAGAAGAAGAUUCCAAGGUAUCUCUGUACCAUAUCAUUUAAAGCUUUAUCAUACUAUAUGGCACAGAUUGCGGAAAAGAUCACAGAAACUAAUCACUGAAAGAAGACCAAAAGAAACAAAUGAUAGAAAUGAAAUUACAAACAUUGAACCAGCCUGACACUUUCUAAUCUGUAUGUGUGGAAAUACUAAGAAUUAAAUUGAGAUUGUUUUAAA